AUGAUCUUCGAGGUUCCAACAAAAUACUUUCCACCGACGACUGAUGCAGCCAAAGAAGUCAAGAAGACUGCCUACGUUAGUCCAUUCGAAAAAUUCUUGAGAACUGAGAUGGCUUCGAUGAAUAAGGUUCUCGGAGGAUCUUAUAAUGGAACCAAAUCUUCUCUCUUUGACACCAUCAAGUCCACCAUCUCGUCAUCAUCCAAAAUCUUCAACUCUUCUUCUGGCAUCGGGUUGGCCUCGGCAUUAGCGGAGAAGAUGACGAACAUCUCUUCGGAUUCUUCGACUUUUUUUAAAUUGACUUUGUGA